GUUUUUCUAUUAUUUUUAUUUUUAUUCCAUUAUUUAAGUUUAUAUACACUUGCAUAUUUUUAAAAAAUCGUGUAAGCACCCGGAGUGAGAGCAUUGCUCUCUAAACCUUCGGUCCUCCUAGGGUUUGGCCGCCGCUAGGUUCGUUUUCCGACUAUGGCUUUUGGCUGAGGAUCGAGAGCAGUAGGUUGACGACAGACUGGCGAGUGCAAUUGGCUGCGAUCGAGGUGGAAGGUAGGCGUUAAGGACGAGUCGCGGCGAGGUUGGAGUGCAGAUCCGUUGCGAGCGUAGGCUGUAGAGGGUGAGUGUAGGUGUUUCAUGGAGGAUUUCGUCGCUUCGUACAAGAAACUAUCAAUGAAGGACCAGGAGAGCGAACUGAAUUUCGAUGAGGAGACAGAGGUAGAUGCCGUGGAGGAGCAGGAACCGAAGCGAUUUCCGGCAGUGGGGGUUGUCAUCACGGAUCGUAAAAUCAAGUUAUCAGGAUUUCAAGAGUUGAUGACCUCGAUCUUGAGCCCAGUGAAAGGUAGCCCAGUUGGUCGAGUGGUGAGAAUUGCAAAAUUUGGAUCAAUGGACCAAGGUUCGAAUCCCCGCAACGACCGGGUAGAGGUUACAGAACCUGAAAUAAGGCUGGACCUCUGACGCGCAGUGGCAGAUCCAGGAAACGGAACUAUUGGGGGCAGACCGGCAGAGCAAAGGUAGUGCAUGUGCAUGAAGAAAAAAAACAUACAAUAUACCCAAAUAGCCAAAAAUUAUACUUCGUAAUAAAGUACACAAGAAUUUCCUAAAUAAAUAAAGUAUAUUACAAUACAAAAAAC